AUGGAAGGAAACAAGGUAUCGUUACAUCCAGAACAGAAAAAAUGGAAGGCACCAAAAGGUCCAAAACCAGUUCACCAUAAGAAUAAGAAUUUAAUUGGUUUAGGUAGAACAAUAGCUAACCAAAGAGCCAAAGAAAAUAGUAUUCAAUAUUUGCCAGAUGGUGAGAUGAGAUUUACUACCGACAAAAAGGAAGCUGAUUGGGUUAAAUUGAGAUCAGUUACCCAAGAAAAUGCUUUAGAUGAGUUUUUGAGUACUGCUGAAUUAGCUGAUACAGAUUUCACCGCCGACAAGAACCAACAAGUUAAGAUUAUCAAAGUGGGAAAUACUUCAAUUAUAAAUUCAAAUGGUUUGUUAACUACAGAUGAAAUGUUAGCUAUGAGACAAAAGCAUAUGAUGUUUGAAAAUAAAUUAACUAUACCUAAACGUCCAAAAUGGAAUAAGAAUCAAAGUAAAAUAGAAAUUGACCGUCAAGAAAACUUGGCAUUUUUAGAUUGGAGAAGGCAAUUGGCUCAGUUGACAGAAAACAACGAUUUAUUGUUAACCCCAUUCGAAAGAAAUUUAGAAGUUUGGAAACAAUUAUGGAGAGUUGUGGAAAGAUGUGAUUUAAUUGUACAAAUUGUCGAUGCUAGAAACCCAUUAUUCUUCAGAUCCGUUGAUUUAGAAAAAUAUGUCAACUCAUUAAGUGAACCAGAAAACAACAAGGCCAAGAAUAACUUAUUAUUGGUCAACAAAGCAGAUAUGUUAACUAGAGAACAACGUGUUGCUUGGGCAGAAUAUUUCAAGUUGAAGAAGAUCAACUAUGUAUUCUUCUCUGCUGCUAAAGCCAAUGAAUUAUUGGAAAAGGAAAAAGAAGAGGAAAAUAACCUAGAAGGCAGUAAUAAUGCCAAAGAUGAAGUUGAAGAAGUUGAAAUUAAUGAAGCUAUCAGAAUCUUGAAAAUCGAAGAGUUGGAAAAAUUGUUCAUGGAUUCAGCUCCAAAGUUUGAAGUUGAUCCUGAAUUCCCAGAUAGAAAGUUACAAAUUGGGUUAGUAGGUUACCCAAAUGUUGGUAAGUCAUCUACCAUCAAUGCCUUGGUUGGAUCCAAGAAAGUGUCAGUUUCUUCUACACCAGGUAAAACCAAACAUUUCCAAACCAUCCAUUUAUCUCCAGAUGUAUUGUUAUGUGAUUGUCCAGGUUUAGUGUUCCCUAACUUUGCUUAUACUAAUGGUGAAUUGGUGUGUAAUGGUGUCUUGCCAAUCGAUCAAUUGCGUGAACAUAUUCCUCCAAUUUCAUUAGUGUGUCAAAGAAUUCCAAAAUUCUUCUUGGAAGCAGUUUAUGGUAUUCAUAUCCCUAUUCAAAAAGUUGAAGAUGGUGGUAAUGGUGAAUAUCCAACUGCAAGAGAAUUAUUAAAUGCUUAUGCUAGAGCCAGAGGUUAUAUGACACAAGGUUUUGGUGCUGCUGAUGAACCAAGAGCUGCUAGAUACAUUUUGAAAGAUUAUGUCAAUGGUAAAUUAUUAUAUGUUAAUCCGCCACCAAAAGAAGUUGCAGAAAAUGAAUGGAUAUUGCCUAAUUUACAAGAAAGUAGAAUAUUCAACCGUGAUUUGUACACUUUGAAUCAUCUACCUGAAUCAAGACAACACCAAAUCAUAACUGCUAUGCAAAACAAACAUAUACCAGUUGAUGAGUUUAACUUGGAGAAGGAUCUUUCCAGAUUAAACUUCUCUCAACAUAUUGGUGGUGAAAAGAAAAACGGAGAUAAUGAUGCUCAAGAAGGUUCAAACAAACAAGGAAACAAUACCGGUGCUAAAACAUUGUUCUACGGUGGUAAACAAGCUGCUUUAGAAAGUGCUGGUGAUGAUUUGGAUAGAGAGUUCUUUGCCAUGAAUAAUAUCACUGGAAAAUUUGCAACUCCAUUCCACAAGAAAUCUGCUGAGAAGACUCUGAAUAAGAAACACAAUAAAAAGAACAAGAAACAAGAUAAAAAAGUAAGAGUUACAGGUUAUUAG